CAGCAGCAGUGUCACAGUAGUACGCUGCGGUCUCGUAUACGGCGGGUGUGUGGGUGCUCUCUUAUACAGCGAAUCGUUCCGCAAAAGUUUCUCUGGCGUUUGUUACGAUCAGUGCGUCGUCGUUACACGGUAGAAGAAACCGAGGGAGGCGCAUUAAACGUUGGACGAAACGAGGAAAUCGAAAGUACGAUCGUGUUCGGGAAUUUAACAACGGGGCCAGCCAGAGGACGAAAGAUGAAGGGGAUGUUGGUAGCCGCGCUGCUGGCCGUUCUGACGAUCUGCCGGGUCCAGGCGGUGUCGGAGAGGCUCGAGUUGGCACCAGCUGGAGGAAGAUCAGAGCCGCAAGUUGCAACGUUAUGCGAGGCGGGGGACGUGUAUCUGGCACAGCACAUGGGCGAGCAGGGACGUUGGGUCUCCUCGGCUGACAAGAAGAGUUGCAUGACGGACAAGCUCGAGAUCCUCGAAUACUGCAAGAAGGCUUACCCUAAGAGAGACAUCACCAACAUAGUCGAAUCAUCGCACUACGUGAGGGUCAGCGGUUGGUGCAAGCCAGGGAGGACCAAGUGCAAAUUGUCACGAUGGGUGAAGCCGUACAGAUGUCUAGAGGGACCGUUCCAAAGCGACGCGUUGCUCGUGCCAGAAGGUUGCCUGUUCGACCACCUCCACAAUCAGACGAAAUGCUGGGAAUCUCACAGAUGGAACGCGACCGCCGCAGACACCUGCAGAGAGAGAAACAUGAACCUGAGGAGCUUCGCGAUGCUCUUGCCUUGCGGAAUAUCCCUCUUCUCCGGUGUCGAGUUCGUGUGCUGCCCGAAACACCUGAAAGUUUCCCUUAUUAACUACGACAGUUUCCAAUCAGCAGAAAAUGUGAAGCCCAAGAAGCCUAUCGACUUGCCAAUUCCGAAGGGUAUGGACGACGAACUCGACGAGGACGAAGACGAUCUCGAUGACGAGGACGACCUUGACGCCGAUACGGACGACGAAGAUGAUUCUGACGCAGACCCCGAGGACGUCCUCAGCGAUCAGCCCGACGACGAAGAGAGCGACGAGGAGUACCUCGACGAUUACGACACCACGACAAGUCGAUUAUCAACUACAAUCUCAACGACGGAAAAACCUAAACAGGACGUAACUGCGAUGCCAUUGCCGGUUAGCACCAGCACGCAGCAGUCACCACAGUCGCAGAGCACACCGGAUCCUUAUCUGACGCACUUUGAUCCCCGUUCCGAGCAUCAGAGCUACAAACAAGCACAAAUGAGGCUCGAGGAGGUGCACAAGGAGAAAGUGACAAAAGUGAUGAAGGAUUGGAGUGAUCUCGAGGAGAAGUAUCAAGACAUCCGUGCACACGAUCCCGUUGCUGCUGACGCUUUCAAGCGAUGGAUGACGGUGCGAUUCCAGGAGACUGUCGCCGCCCUGGAGGAAAGCGGUGCCGCAGAAAAACAUCAGUUGAGUGCUAUGCAUCAACAGAGAGUGCAAGAGGCCGUCAAACAGAGGAACGAGGAAGCGAUGUCGUGCUAUACUGCUGCUCUGAAUGAGAAUCCUCCAAAUAUGCAUCGCAUUCAGAAGUGUCUGCAGAAGCUUCUCCGCGCUCUUCACAAAGACAGGCACCACACGAUCGCUCGUUACAAACACUUGCUGGACAGCAGCUUGGAACAAGCCCAACGCGAGAAGCCAGCAACGUUGGAACACUUGGCGGAGAUCGAUAGAAUCACCAACCAAAGCCUUUUGAUGCUAGAACGGUAUCCUGAUUUAAGCGCAAAAAUUGGCCGGCUUAUGGAUGAUUACGUUUUGGCCCUCAGGAGCAAAGAUGAGACUCCUGGACUACUGCUCGCGAUGACACGAGAAGCGGAAGCAGCUAUUUUAGACAAAUAUCAGGCUGACGUCACCAGCAAACAGCAAGAAAAAGAGCAUCAGAAGCAACUCGAAAGAGCGCGUAAGGAGCAACGCAAAGCGGAACGCGGCGAAUUACGUACCGAACAAGCGCAACAGGAAGAGAAUGACUCGAUAAACGACAACAAAGAACCUCAACAGCAACCAGAACAACCCUCGGCAGUAGCCGCUAUGCACAGUGAGGGACUCGUUAGAGCAGCUCACAGCAUGACUCAUGAUAUUUCCCAUUCCGAGCCGGGUUACUCGUUGAGAAGGGAAGCCUAUCACAGGGAGAGUCGAUCCGUCUAUUUCACACUUGCGUUUGCUGGAAUUGCACUUAUGGCUGCUGCGGUAGUUGGCGUAGCAGUAUUCAAGAGGCGCAGUGCGAGAAGCCCUCAUAGUCAGGGUUUCAUCGAGGUUGAUCAAGCAGCUACACCGGAGGAGCGACACGUUGCAAACAUGCAAAUCAACGGAUAUGAAAAUCCUACAUACAAAUACUUCGAGGUCAAAGAAUAAUCGAGUCACCUCGGUCUACAGAGUUUUAUUUGAAACUGGUCUUAAUUGUCCGUUCUCGCGUAUGUCCUUCAAGAAUCUCAUAGUAUUUUGUUAGUGUAAGAUAUCUUUCAGGUUCGAGGUUCUUCCGAAGAUUCAAAGGUACUUAUAUAAAUUUACAUCUUAGUGAUACGUGGAAUAAAAUCUGUCCAUAGGGAGAUAGGUAUUGCAAUACGGUAUCAUUAAGCGACGUCUCUUUAUAUAGCUCGCGACGUAAUACAACCAUACUUUAUGCUCUAUGAUAUGUAUAAAGCAAUGUUCAUACUACAUCUGAUAGAUAGAAACGAUACGAGUUUUUACCCUACGAAUACUACUCGUAACACCGUGAUUAUCUACGAGACAAUGUGAAAGGGAAACAACACGCCAAUGUGCCAUAUGGGAAACACGCAAAAAUCGUCUUCGGAAGUAUCUCAUACACGUUGUUUUCGUUUCGUUGUCAUACAUGUUAUUGAAAAGAAAAAGAAAAAUAAGAAAAAACGCAGGAAGGAGCGCUCACAAUAAGAAAAAAAAAUAUUAAUAAAAAAAAUCGUUACACGCUAACGUUACGCGAUAAUAACCUUCGGAUCGGAAGGCUGUGGACUAUGAUCAGUUAUAAAUUCGUUGCUUCCGGCAGCAAAAAAAAAAAAAAAAUGCGAAUGCUUUCGAGAGAAACGUGUAUGUCUCGUCAGCGACGCGUUCGAUUAAUGUGUGUGCUGUUGCGCUCUUUGCUGUAUUUUUGUGUUCUAAUAUUUUUGGAGAUAGUCAAUGGCAAUAAAGGUUACACAGCUUGAAUAAUACAUGAAACGAAAAACACGAUAGCAGCUGUAGCAGCAGAAAGGUAUAAUCCGACAAAGAAAAAAAAACCAAAAAGAAAAAAAAAUGAAACCAUAUUACUAAGCACUACGCGAAACAACGUAUAUAUAUGCUGAAAACGCUCUUAAAAUAUCAGAACUGCAGUCAAUGCACGUUCACCUUCGCGAUGCAGCUGUUUUUCAUCUCCGUUCGAUUCCCACUGCCUGAUUUUUUCAGCGACCUUUCAGUACUUAACGUCUACUUAGAUUAUACAACUUUAUACUUAAGAAAUUGAAAAAAAAAAAAAUCGUGAACGUAUCUAAGGUUAACGAAGAAGCAAGAUAUUUUAUCAUUCCAUAAGAAAGUCCACUAUCUUAUCGAGGUGCUGUCCGAAUGUAUGAACGGAAAAUAUUCAGUAGCCUUGUUCGACUUGGCCGAGACGCCGUUCGUUUUAGAAACAAACGUAUCGAAAAAAGUCACGCCGAGGCUGCCGAAUAAGAGGAACAGUUAACAGGAGUUUUUUUGUGUGGCAUUAGUACCUUCGAUUUAGGUCGAAUAAGUGGCGACUGUUGAAGCAAGCAUUUACGUCCUCUUCUUUUUUCUCUCUCUCUUUUCUUUCGUUUCUGUAUCAUUUUCGUCUUUUUGUCGUUUACGUUUACUUUUUUUUUUUUUAUCGAAAGAUGGUUCAUACAAUAACUAUCUUAGGAUAUUAAUUAUAUAUGAUGACGAUAAUAUAUUACACGUUUAAUGCUUAUAUAUUUGUAUAUGGUCAAAUGAUAGUAGGCCGCACUUUAGCCAGGGUCGCGUGGGAAAGCACAGCUUUCACUUAUUUUUCAAUGAAUAUUGCACGAUUCCAUUAGACUGUAUACAAUUUAUAUCGAAUCGACGGUAUCGUGUACCCAGCUUGACAAGCGUCGUGUACGAUUACAAACAAUUUUAGCCGCGCAAGUAUUAAGUUGAUUAACGAUUUAAGAUGCUUUUCAUUCUUAUGGUUACGCGUAAGAUUGCUCAUCGUUUGUGAAAGUUGUACUCUCUACUAACCUAUUAAGGUUACUUUGUUUUAAUGCUAAUUUUUUGCUAAAAUAAAUCAAGCGAAUGCGCAAACCGAGGACAGUCAAUAUCCUUGGAUUCCUAAGCGCACGUGAAGCAGCUGCCUUCCUGUUUAGCAAACAUCACGACUGUUUGUCUCACGCAACUCCGGUGGAAGGAUGAGCCGACGGAACACGCACAGGCACACACAUUCGCGCAUCGCUGAGUGUUAAAAAUAUUAUUUUAGAUAUAUUAAAAGAAAAAAAAAAUGAUAGCAAUUAACUAUAUGUCUAUGAAUACAACAAAAGCAUAGCAUCAAUGCGUUAAUAAUAAUAAUGAUAAUAUAAAUAUCUAUAUAUAAAUAUAUAUGUUCGUGUACGCGUGUGUGUGUGCGUGUGUAAUAUAUGAACAAUAUACAUAUACAUAUACAUGUACACCUAUCAAAUUAACUAUACAUUAUGUACCUAUAGCAUAUAGUCGUUGAAAUGAGAAAAACAUUAACAUGUCGCGUAUAAAUCGGACUUGACACGGAUUCACAGAUGUUGAGGUCACUCUCGAAACUAGGAAAACGUUUCUUUCUUUCGGCGCGAUGUCGUUCCGGUCUUUUUUAGUUCCUACCUAUCGUAAAAAAAAAAAGAACAAAAGAGCAAAAGAACACAAAAAUCGUAUGCGAGCAUACAUGGUAAUUGGCCUAUGUUUGGCGGACGUGGUGUUCGUCAUACGUUAUAUUCGUCGAAUGGAACAUAACGAGAACAGCGCCCGUAAUAGUGCUUGCCUCAGAUAUGAGCAAAA